GCCGACAAGAUGUCAGACAGCGCAAAGCUCCUCGUCGCCGCCGCGGCCGGCGCCACGGCAGCAGCUCUCCUACUAAGAAAGAAUGAUGAAGAAGCACCGAUCACAAGCAACAAGAGAGCGCAAAUAAUAGACGGCAAAAAGAUUGCCGCCCAACUCAGGAAAGAAGUGAAAGAAUCCGUAACACUACUCAAAGCGACCCACGGCGUCGCGCCGGGCCUGGCUGUUGUCAUUGUGGGAGACCGGCAAGAUUCGGCCCAGUACGUGAGGAUGAAAAGACGCGCGGCCACAGAGGCCGGGUUUCAUUCCGUGGACGUCGCGUUGCCCGAGUCGUCUACGGAGGCCGAGGUAUUGGACGCCGUGGCGCGGCUGAAUACGGAUAGUAAGGUGCACGGGAUACUUGUACAGUUACCGUUACCUUCUCAUAUGAAUGAAGGGCGAGUCUUAGCUGCUAUAUCCGUGGACAAGGACGCGGACGGGUUCGCGGCGUUGAACGUCGGGAAAUUAUGUUUGAGGGGAGGCGAGGAACCCAGUGCGGUGGCGUGUACGCCCGUUGGGUGUUUAGAAUUGCUGGAGCGGUCCAACGUUGUCAUUGCGGGUAAAAGAGCGGUGGUCGUAGGUCGUUCGAACAUCGUGGGCAUGCCCGUCGCCGCCUUGCUCCAAGCCAAGGACGCGACGGUUACGGUCGUCCACUCCAAAACCAAAAACAUCAGUAAGAUAGUAAGAGAGGCGGACAUCGUCGUCGCGGCCGUCGGCCAGGCCCAGUUCGUCAAAGGGUCCUGGUUGAAGCCCGGGGCUGUUGUGGUCGACGUCGGUACGAACUUCAUCCCCGACGCGUCGCGGAAGUCGGGACGGCGACUCGUGGGCGACGUCGACUUUGCAAGUGCCUCGCGCGUGGCCUCGAAGAUCACGCCGGUGCCGGGCGGCGUGGGCCCCAUGACCAUCGCUUCUCUAUUGAAAAAUACGUUGAGAUUGGCCGAGGCCGCCGUGUCUCGUGAUAAUAAACCUCUGACACGUGUGUCCUCUUCAGAACAACUAAGCAGGAAGGACACGUUCCUCGCGAAAAGGUCGCAAUCACCUCGACCGGCGUCUCCACCAACGACGCAAGUGAAACGUUUACACCCUGUACCCAAGGACAUUGUGAUUAGUCAAGCGUGCACGCCGCUGCCCAUCGAACGCGUAGCUCUCAAAGCAGGAUUACGCAGUGACGAGGUCAUCCCCUGGGGCCGCCACAAGGCCAAGGUCGAUGUGAGAAAGGUCGCAGAGCGCAUGAAGGACGCCCCGGACGGCUCGCUGGUCGUCGUGAGUGGCAUAAACCCGACACCUCUAGGCGAAGGCAAGUCCACGACGACCAUCGGCGUCUGCCAAGCGUUGGGCAACUGCCUGGGCAAGCACGUCGUGACGACCAUAAGGCAGCCGUCGCAGGGCCCGACCUUCGGUAUUAAAGGUGGGGCGGCCGGCGGCGGUCCGCGGCGGCGUCGCGAAUGGACUUUUGCCGGGGUCGCGUCGAUGGCGUCUUCAUGAGAGAGUCCACGCGUCUCGCGAGUAGUUUCGCGACGGCGUCCGCCGCGCCGCGCCGUCGUGCCGGGAAGCAGCACGCCCCCGGGCGGCAUCGCGCGCGGCUCGUGGACGACCACGAGACCAGCAAUACUGGCGUUCACCACACGCCAUCGAGCCGACGCAAUCACGCCAUCGCGCCGCUGUGACGGAAACACCACAAAAAACAACGCAGGCUACUCGCAAGUCAUUCCCAUGGAGGAGUUCAACCUGCACAUGACGGGCGACAUCCACGCCAUUGUUGCCGCCAAUAAUCUAUUGGCGGCGGCGUUGGACGCGCGGAUCUUCCACGAAAGUUCCCAGAAGGACGAGGCUUUAUUUAAUCGGUUAGUGCCGGCGAAGAACGGCAAACGCGUUCCGGCGCCGUCGCAACGAGCCCGUAUGGAGCGGUUAGGUAUUAAAGGUGAAGCACUGGAUGAUGCGGAACUCCUAUCUCCUACAGAUCGCGUGCGGUUCGCGCGACUCGACGUCGAUCCAUCGACAAUAACCUGGAACCGCGUCUUGGAUACGUGCGACCGGUUCCUGCGAAGAAUCGAGGUCGGCCGGGGCCCCAAUGAACGCAGAACGGCGGAAAAGUACUCAUUUUCAUCUACGAGGGAGACGGGCUUUGAUAUUGCCGUCGCGUCCGAGAUCAUGGCCGUGCUAGCCUUGGCGUCGGACUUGGAUGACAUGCGGGCGCGGUUGGGACGGAUGGCCGUCGCUCGCUCUAGAGUAGACGGUCCGCAUAAAGGUGCGUUCGUGACCGCCGACGACGUGGGCUGUGCCGGGGCCUUGACGGUUUUAAUGAAGGAUGCUUUACUCCCAACUUUGAUGCAGACUAUUGAAGGCACUCCUGUCCUCGUUCAUGCCGGCCCGUUCGCGAACAUUGCGCAUGGGAAUUCUUCUGUUGUUGCGGACAAGUGUGGUCUGAAGUUAUGUGGCGAGCAGGGUUUCGUGGUUACCGAGGCGGGCUUCGGGGCUGAUAUUGGUGGAGAAAAAUUCUUCGACAUCAAGUGCAGAGCUGGUGGUCUCAAACCGAAGUGUGCAGUUGUGGUUGCUACGGUGCGAGCCUUGAAAUUACACGGCGGGGCGCCGCCGGUUGUGGCUGGUAGGCCCCUACCCAAGGAAUACAGUGGAGAGGAUCUAGAAGUGCUCGGUAAGGGCUGUGCUAAUGUCGCGCAUCACGUGGCUUGCCUCUCGCAAAAAUUCAACGUGCGCGUUGUCGUGGCCGUGAACAAGUUCGCCACUGAUACCCCUAACGAGUUACAGUUGGUGAGGGAAGCGGGCCUACGAGCGGGAGCACAUUACGCCGUGGUAGCGGACCACUGGGCCCAGGGCGGCCAUGGUGCUAUUGACUUAGCUGAAGCCGUGGUCAAGGCCUGUGCUGCUGAUUCAACACCAUUUAGAUACUUGUAUCCGUUAUCGGAUCCCGUUCGGUCCAAAAUAGAAGCGGUUUGUUCCAAGAUCUACCUGGCUGGAGAGGUGACUUACAGUGAAUUAGCUGCUUCCCAGAUCGACGCCUACGAAGCCCAAGGUCUAGGAAGGUUGCCGAUCUGCGUCGCCAAGACCCAGUAUUCGCCUGCGUGGAAAUCAACCAGUGCGUCGGGUGCAUCACUGAGUCAUUUCUCGGCGAUGACGUGGCCGCGCUGGUUCCGUCGAGCGGUGAGGAACCGACAUCGCCACGCCAUCGAGCAGGCGUCGCGUCGAUGGCGUGGAGGUCGACGCGGCGAUUCAGGACGAACGCGCCGUAAAUUUGAUUUCCACACAGGUACUCGCUGUCGACGGACCCCUCGAAGAAAGGUGCGCCCUCCGGCCAUACCGUGAACGUGCGGGAGGUCCGUGCAGCAGUCGGCGCCGGCUUCUUGUAUUUGCUCUGCGGCGACAUCAUGACGGUGCCGGGGCUGCCGACGCGUCCAGGCUUCGUGGAUAUUGAUCUGGACACCGUCAAUGAUAGGGUCAUAGGCCUUUUCUAACUUGAACUUUAACACA